GUCCCGCUCGGGUUUUUAUUUAACUUUACAAUUUUCUCCGCCAUAAACCACCGCACGGCGUUUUGCCCACAUCGGUGAAACAUUACCACCAGCGCCACCAGCAACCACCACGACCACCAUCGGCACAACGAAAACGAAUUGGCGGUGACCCGACGAUUUUCUCACGAGGCACGGGGGCUCCGAGCCAAAGCCGUUUUCUUUGCGAGGACGCAUGAACGAAAACCGACAAAUAAUAACAAUCGUCAUCAUCAUCAUCGCAAGCCGAUCGGAGUCAUCUUUCGGCCAACGCCGUUAACAACAAUACCAACCAACCAAACGCUGUCAAACGAUUUGUAAAUCUCUGCCUCUGCCCGCUGUUGGAUCUGGGAGUUCUCUUCAUACCCCUCUACCCCCCACCUGAUGAGAACAAAAUGCUUUGUCGACGUUCAGGUGCCGGUGGAGGCAGUCGAUCAGGAGGCGACAUGGUCAUCCUUCGGCAGGGCGACCAUGUCUUCCUGGACGUGGAGAAUCCCGGGGAGUUUGCGGUCCCCACCGGAGCCGUUGUCAAACUCUCCGACUCCGGCAAAGUUCUGCUGCUGGAUGACGAAGGGACCGAGCAUUGGGUUACUCCGGCCAACGAGAGCCUCAUCCGGAUGAUGCACCCGACGUCGGUGACGGGCGUGGAGGACAUGAUCCGCCUGGGGACCCUGCACGAGGAGGGAAUUCUUCGCAACCUGCUCACGCGAUACCGGGAGGCCUUCAUAUACACGUACACGGGCUCCAUCCUGGUCGCCGUGAACCCCUACAAGACGCUGAACGUCUACUCGCCCGAGGCGAUCCAGCAGUACCGUGGGCGCAAGGUGGGCGAGCUGCCGCCACACAUCUUCGCGCUCGCCGACAACGCCCACUUCAACAUGCGGCGCAACGAGCGCAACCAGUGCUGCAUCAUCAGCGGGGAGUCCGGCGCUGGCAAGACGGAGAGCACCAAGCUCAUCCUGCAGUUCCUGGCGGCCGUGAGCGGUCAGCACUCCUGGGUGGAACAGCAGAUCCUGGAGGCGAACCCCAUCCUCGAAGCCUUCGGCAACGCCAAGACGAUCCGGAACGACAACUCGAGCCGCUUCGGGAAGUACGUGGAGAUUCACUUCAACGAGAAAAGCGUCAUCGAGGGAGCACGCAUCGAGCAGUACCUCCUGGAGAAGACGCGCGUGUGUGGGCAGGCCGAGCAGGAGCGCAACUACCACAUCUUCUACUGCCUACUGCUCGGCUCGAGUGACGAACAAAAGAAGAGACUGGGCCUCGGGAAGCCGGCGGACUACGCCUUCCUCACCACGGGCAACUGCACGCGCUGCGACGGGCGCGACGACCUCAAGGAUUUCGCGAGCAUCCGCUCCGCGAUGAAGGUGCUCGCCUUCUCCGAGACCGAGUACCUGGACAUCUCCAAGAUGCUGGCGAGCAUCCUGCACCUGGGGAACCUCAAGCUGCAAGGCACGGUGAGCAGCAACAUCGAGUGCUGCGAAAUUCUCACCAACGACCACCUGACCUGGGCCUCCAAGCUUCUCGAGGUGGAUGAGGCCGAGGUUCAAGAGUGCCUCACCAAGAAGGUGAUGCUGAUGCGUGGGGAGAAGGUGACGACGCUGCUCAGCAUGGCGCAGACUCAGGAGGUCCGGAACGCCUUCGUGAAGGCGAUCUACGGCAAGAUGUUCGUGUGGAUCGUGGACAAGAUGAACUCCAUCGUGUACAAGCCGCCCUCUCGCGGCGGCGGCGAGCAGGAGGAGGAGCGACGCUCCAUCGGCCUCCUCGACAUCUUCGGCUUCGAGAACUUCCAGACGAACAGCUUCGAGCAGUUCUGCAUCAACCUGGCCAACGAGGCGCUGCAGCAGUUCUUCGUGGGACACAUCUUCAAGCUGGAGCAGGAGGAGUACGAGCGAGAGUCCAUCUCGUGGAAGAACAUCACCUUCACGGACAACCAGGAGGCCCUCGACAUGAUCUCCAGCCGCCCGCUCAACCUCAUCGCGCUCAUCGACGAGGAGAGCAAAUUCCCGCAGGGCACGGACGCCACGAUGCUCGCCAAGUUGACGGCGCAGCACAAGAAGAACGCCCACUUCAUCCCACCCCGGAGCAACCACAGCACGCGCUUCGGGAUCUCGCACUUCGCCGGGGACGUCUUCUACGAGAGCUCGGGGUUCCUGGAGAAGAACCGCGACUCCCUGAUCCCCGACAUCCUCGCGCUGGUGCAGUCCUCGAAGAACUCUUUCCUCACGCGCAUCUUUGCCAGCGACCUCAACACCGACAAGGGCUCGAUUCCGUUCCACAAGCGCGCCGGCGACUCGGUGAGGGUGCACGGCACCCUGACGCACCGGCGCCCCACCACGCUCAGCGGGCAGUUCCGCAAGUCGCUGGAGGAGCUCAUGAAGGCGCUGGGCCUGUGCCAGCCGUGGUUCAUCCGCUGCAUCAAACCCAACGACGUCAAGAAGCCCCUGCUCUUCGACCGGGAGCUGUUCGUGCGCCAGCUGCGCUACUCAGGGAUGAUGGAGACGAUCCGCAUCCGGAGGUCGGGAUACCCCAUCCGUUACACAUUUGCCGAGUUUGUGGAGCGCUAUCGCUUCACGCUGCCCGGCUUCCAGCCCAAGGAGGCCCAGGCGAACCCAAUGGGAACGUGCAAGAAGAUUCUGGGGGCCACGCUGGGGAAGGACGAGGACUUCCAGAUCGGAAAGAACAAGGUCUUCCUCAAGGACAAUCACGACAUGGUGCUGGAGCUGUCUAGGGACAAGAGCAUCAACGACAAGGUCACCAAGAUCCAGGGCGUGAUGCGCGUCUACGUCGCGCGGAAACGCUUCCUGAAGAUGAGGGCGGCGUCCGUCAUGAUCCAGAAGCACUGGCGCGGUUACUCGGAGCGCCGAUUCUACCUCACGAUCAAGCUGGGCCUGGCCCGGCUGCAAGCGGUGGUGCAGAGCCGCAAACUGGUGCUGCAGUUCUCCCGCACGCGCCGCGCCGCCGUCGUCAUCCAGGCUCACGCGCGCGGCCUCAUCGCUCGCCGGCGCUAUCGGCUCCAUAAAACCCAGGGUCUGCCCAUGGUCCAGGAGGAAUUCAAGGAGGACAUGGACCUGGACAGGAACGAAGACAAAAUGCUGGACGAGAUCUUCGGCUUCUUGGGACUCACCGCCAUGGAGGAAAUGGACCACGUCGGCAUGGACAUGACGACGGACUUGGAUGAGGACCUGGGGCAACGUGGUGAUGACGACGACGACGACGACGAGGAGGAGAAGCGACGCCGCGGCGAGCUCCGGGACUACACCUUCGCCAAGUUCGCCGCAGUCAACUUCCAGGGCAGCUCCACGCACACGCACGAGAGGCGACUGCUGCGGGUGCCGCUGCUCCACCACCAGGACGAGACGGACAGGCGGGCCAGCGUGGCCGUGUGGAGGAUGGUGCUGCGCUUCAUGGGAGAUCUCCCCGAGCCGCAAGCCACGGGGGGUCAGGGGGCGCGUGACCCCAACCGUGACCCCAACCGCGUGUCCAUCAUCCGCGUCAUCUACGAGAGCCUGCAGAACCCGCGCGGAGCGAAGGGGACCGAGUGGCUGGAGGAGGCGCCGCUCAACAACCUCCAGAAGGUCCACUUCAUCAUCGGCUAUGCCAUCCUGCGGCCCGCGAUCCGGGAUGAGAUCUACUGCCAGAUCUGCAAGCAGAUCGGCGACAAUCUGAUCCGCAGCAGCUACGCCCGCGGCUGGAUUCUCCUCUCCCUCUGCCUCGGCUGCUUCCCUCCCUCCGACAACUUCAGCAAGUACCUGAGGAGCUUCCUGAGUGAGGGGCCGCCAGGGUACGCGCCGUACUGCGACGCGCGCCUCAAGAGGACUCUGGCCAACGGGUGCCGAACCCAGCCCCCCAGCUGGCUCGAGAUGCAGGCCACCAAGUCCCGGCGCGUGUCGCCGCUGCCCGUGGGGCUGAUGGACGGCCGCACGGUGCCGCUGAGCGCCGACUCGGCGUGCACGGCACGCGAGCUCGUGGCGGCUCUCGCCGGCAAGAUCGGCCUGCAGGACGACUUCGGCUUCUCCCUCUUCAUCUCCUUCCAGAACAAGGUGUCGUCGCUGGGCGGGGGCCGGGAGCACGUGCUGGACGCGGUGUCGCAGUGCGAGCAGCUGAGCCGCGAGCAGGCCGGCGGCACCGAGCAGGCCGCCCCCUGGCGCCUCAUCUUCCGCAAGGAGCUCUUCGCGCCGUGGCACGACGCCGGCGCCGACGCCGUCGCCACCGAGCUCAUCUACCGCCAGGUGGUGCGCGGCCUGCGCUUCGGCGAGUACCGCGCCGACACGGACUCCGAGCUGGUGCAGCUGGUGGCGUGGCGCUGCUUCGUGCAGCACGGCGCCAGCCCCUCGGCGGCGGACGUUGCUCAGGCGGUGGCCGAGACGGUGCCCGAGCGGGCGCUCACCGCCGCCAAACACCGCUCGGUGUGGGCCGGCGAGGUGGAGGAGGCGCUGAGACAGUCUGACUACGCGAAGCAAGGCCUGAGCGCUCUGGCGGUGCAGGAGAAGAUGGUCGACUUUGCGCGCGUAAAGUGGCCCGUCCUCUUCUCCCGCUUCUUCGAGGCCUACAAGGUGUCGGGUCCGAGCGUGCUCAAGAGCGAGCUGAUCGCCGCCGUGAGCUCCGUGGGGCUGCAUCUGCUGGACGGGGACGAGCACGUCCUCAUGCUGCUCACCUUCCCCGAGAUCGUCGCCAUCACCACCGCCAGCCGGCGCAAGCUGGCGGGACCCGCCGUGACCAUGUCGACGCUGCGGGGGGACGAGAUCGUGCUGGCCACGCCGGCGGCCGACGAGUUCAACGAGCUCCUCGUCUUGCUCCUGCAGGGCCUCAGGAGCCGAUCGCGACACCUCGUGGCGAUGCAGGAGAGCCGCGUCAUCGACGGGGACGCGGGCGUGCUCGCGUGCCACAGGGGCGACCUCAUCGUGUUGGAGGGCGACAAGGCAGCGGGCGAGGCGCUGCCCCAGGGGAGCUGGACGCAGGGCCGCAACGACCGCACGGGACUCACGGGCGAGUUCCUGUCGGACAGCGUCUACGUGCUGCCCGUGCUUGAGAAACCAAGCAAGGCCAUCCUGAGCCUUUUCGCAGCAAACCCCGAGGGUCAGCGUCGAGGCUCCACAGUGUCGCAGCAGCCGGAGGAUCGCAACGCAUUCUACACCCUGGAGCAGUUCGCGCAGGACCACUUCAGGCCGCUGCCGCAGGGCACCGUGAAGCAGGUGGUGGAGGUGCGUGGGCGCCGCAAGGACCGCCUCUGGGCCUGCUCCCGGGAGCCCCUCCUGCAGCCGCUGCUGCACAGCGUCAUCGGAGAUCACGUGGCCAAGGACGCGUGCAACGCCUUCAUCGCCAUCCUCAAGUACAUGGGGGACUUCCCGAUGCGGCAGGCGACCUCCGACCCGGGCACCGACCUCACCGACCAGGUGUUCAGGCCGGCGCUGAAGAACGCCUGCAUGCAGGACGAGAUCUACUGCCAGAUCCUCAAGCAGCUCACCGACAACAAACAGGGGUAUAGCGAGGAGAAGGGCUGGGAGCUGCUGUGGUUGUGCCUCGGUCUGUUCCCGCCGGGAGCGGCGCUGGCUCCGCACGUCCAGGAGUUCCUCAAGUCGCGGCAGCGCACGGCCCACGUCGCCCGCCUCAACCGCAGCCUGCAGAACAGCGGGUUUCCCCUGCGCAGGUACCCGCCGCACCUACGCGAGGUGAAGGCGGCGCAGCACAAGUCGCGCAAGCUGCACCACCCCGUCUCCUUCCCCGACCAGUCGGAACAGACGUUCGAGGUGGACGCGGGCACGCGAGUGCGCGAGCUCUGCCUGGCCAUCGCCAAGAAGCUGCAGCUCAAGUCGCAGGAGGGGUUCUGCCUCUUCAUCAAGAUCCUGGACAAGGUGGUGAGCAUGCCAGAUGGAGACUUCUUCUUUGACUUCGCCAGGCAAAUGGAGGAGUGGAGCUGCAGUGGGAGGGUGGCACGGGAAGGCCAGGCAGCUGCCCCCAUGCCGGAGUACCAGGUGCACUUUCUCCGCAAGCUCUGGGUCAACGUGGUCCCGGGGAAGGACCCCACCGCAGACAACUUGUUCCACUACCCGCAGGAGCUACCCAAGUUUCUGCGCGGCUUCCACAAGGUGUCCCGCGAAGACGCCGUGCAGCUCGCGGCGUUGGUGUUCCGCGCCCGCCACGGCGACGAGCGAGCCGCCAUCUCCAGCAUCGGGCGCAGCCUCAAGGAGCUGCUGCCCCACGACCUCCUGCCCGAUGCCUCCACCGACGCGUGGAAGAAGUUGAUCGUCGCAGCCGUCAGCAAGAACGCCGGCAAGACGCACGACGAAGCGAAGCUGGCGUUCCUCAAGAUCAUCAGCAGGUGGCCUACGUUCGGAACGACCUUCUUUGACGUCAAGCAAAUCUCCGAGCCCACCUACCCCGACAUCCUGCGGAUCGCCAUCAACAAGCACGGGCUGAGCCUCAUCAACCCCAAGACCAAGGACAUACUAGCUCAGCACAGCUUCACCAAGAUCUUCAACUGGAGUAGCGGGAGCACGUACUUCCACAUCACCAUCGGCAGCGCCGUGAACGGUACCAAGCUGCUGUGCGAAACGUUCCUGGGCUACAAAGUGGACGACCUCCUGACCUCGUACAUCAACCUCCUCAUGAGCAAGCAGCAAGGGGACACGAGAUCGGCCGGGAAUUACCGAUAGCCGCCGGGAGCCACGGUCGCCAGGAGCCAUGGCCGCGCGACGUGGAGCGACGUCGACGGAGAGAACUGACGAUGAGCCCUCGGGGUCAAGGUCGGAGAGGUCACCGAGGCCAGUGACGCUGAUGACGUCAUCACACCUCACCAUUGCAUCAUCGCGCGUCGCUGUGACAUCACACCUCGCUAUGACAUCGCAACUCGCUAUGACAUCACGCAUCGCUAUGACAUCACACCUCGAUAUGACAUCACAACUAGCUAUGACAUCACACCUCGCUAUGACAUCACACCCCGCCAUGACAUCACACCUCGUUAUGACAUCACGCCUCGCCAGGACAUCACAACUCGCUAUGACAUCACAACUCGCUAUGACAUCACAACUCGCUGUGACAUCACAACUCGCUAUGACAUCACAACUCGCCAUCGACCACUUCCCUACCUGGACAGUCAUUGGCUGAGUGCCCGAGGCUCGAAAAAAUGAAGAAUUACAACUCAUUGGCACGCGACGGAUCCGUCAAUUUUCAUCCGCGAUUCAGGGCCAAUUGUAACGUGUCGAACGGUGCACGAAAGAAUGUAAAUGUACAAUCUGUGCAAAUCGUGCACAAUCUGAGGAAACCAAAUCGUCGGCGCGCCAAUCACAAGGGAUGCCACGGUGGCCGGGAGAUGUUAACGAUCUCUAGAUUUGAAGCUUUCGUGACUGCAAGGAUUCA